AUGGCCAGACACGAUACUGCCAGUAGAUGUAGAGAUUGCCUCUACCUGGUCCAUUUCAAGAAGGGAACAAUAACUUUGGGAGCGCUAAAAGCCAUCAGAGUCAUUCAGGAUAUCAUCGUCACCUGGGAGGCCUACCGGGCAACGAGCAACGGAGUGACACAAUGCAUGCAGUGCCUGAAUUUCGGACAUGGCACCCGAAACUGCCGGCCUAAAGCAAGGUGCAAUUUCUGCUCUCUCGGACACUCCUCGGAUUCCUGUCCGAUCGAAGGAGCAGUAGAUUACAAGUGUGCCAACUGUAAUGGACCCCAUCAAGCUUCUGAUCGAAUCUGUAACAAACGAGAAGAAUAUAAAAACAUCCGGAAGCAAGCAUCAACAAGCAAUCAACCAGGGAGGAGAAGAGACCGAUUUCCACCACCAGUUCCAGUAUUCGACGAGAACAACUAUCCAACACUUCAAUCGAAUUACCGAAACCAACAAAUGCCAAUAACACAGGCGGCAUCGGCGAUGCAACCACCACCGCAGCAUGCAGAAGGGGCGGACCGGCGAUCGAGAACAGAAAACCGCUCCCCUCCGGGUUUUUAA